AUGGCGAGUGUCGCACUGCUCGCUGUCUUCCUUCUGUCCAGCAGUUUUCCUGCCCGAGCCCAGGACACCAGAACUGACCAGGCUGGGUCCGUCCUGCGGGAGUAUGUAGACAAGGGCUACUGUACCUACACCUAUGUGGUUCCGCCUGGGUCCCGUACUGAGGGCUGCACGCCGCCGGGCUUCGAGCGGCAGCUCGCCGACACCAAGGAGGAAACGGCCCGCUUGGAAAAUCAAUUGGAUCUCCUGACGUCGUUUGUGCAAAUCUUGCUGAGUCAGCAGUCUGAUCUAACGUCCAGUGUCAGCAGUUGGGGAGAUCGGUUAAAAGUGGAAGAGAACCUGACACAGGAACUACAAGAACAGAAAAUUCGUCUCCAAGCCCGGGUAGAAGAUUUGUCAAGCCAACUUUCAGAAGAAAGAAUCAGGAGCGCAAAGCUGGAACAGAACCUGACACAGGAGAUACAAGACCAAGAAACUCGCCUUCAAACCCAGGUACAGAACCUGACACAGGAGCUACAAGAACAAGAAACCCGUCUCCAAACCCAGGUACAGAACCUGACACAGGAGCUACAAGAACAAGAAACCCGUCUCCAAACCCAAGUACAGCACCUGACACAGGAGCUACAAGAACAAGAGAGUCGCCACCUAACCCAGCUACAGAACUUGUCCGAUCAACUCUCAGACGAGAAAACCAGGAGUUCACGACUGGAACAAAACCUGACACAAACGUUGCUUCUACAGGAGACAAAGUUUAUAGGCAUGAUCAACAGUCUUUCUGACGUACUAUCAGAGGAGAAAGACAGAAACCGGGAACUGGCGCUAAACCUGACCCAAACACUGCUUCAAUUGGACAACAUGACGUCAAUUCUGUACGAGCAUGAUGUGACCAUCAAACAGCGUUUGAACGUAUAA